AUGAAAUUUCUCUUUUUCUUUACAUUCAUCUCGAUCGUUUUUGGUUGUAAAUUUGAGGGUUUACAACGUGGAAACGAGGAAACUUGGGUAGUUCGAAAGAGUUUCGUGAUGAAAUGCUUUAUCAACAAGGACUCAUCUUGGAGAACAGAGGUGAUUGGAUGUCAGAGUCCGUUGGGAGUCGAGAUCCCACCAGAGGGAUUCGUCAAAGAGAACGGAAUGAAAUACUCGUGUCUUCGCGGGGUAAACGGUCAUUUAUCGUAUCAUAGUGAGAUGGAUCCGAUCACUUUUUGCGAUGGUCAUCAAUUGGGCGACACGUGGAUUGUGAAUAAAAACUUUAAUCGUUCUUGCACGACGAAAGGUUCAUUUAUCUUGAAUUGUAUGACGGAUUCGGGAACGAGAAUCGAAUUGAACGGACAAUUAACAGAGCAGGGGACAGUCUACAAAUGUACUCAAGAUGCGACGGGAGCCAUCUUCUUGCAUCGAGCUCCAUCCUCGAACGCUCCCAAACACCACCCAUUUAAAGCUUUCCUCUUCAAAGAGACUUCCAUGCAACCAACAACCACAACAAUGCCUGCUUCAACGACUGAAGUGACAACAACUGAAGUGACAACAACUGCUGUGACAACUGAUCCCGAGUUAACCACUUUUGAUCCAUCUGAUCCGGCUGAGGCCAUCUUCACUCAAGCUCCAGCCACCGAAGCUGAGACAACUCCAAUGGCCGAUGAACAACCAACUCUCUUUCCACAAGUGACACAAAUCCAUCCCACUGAGCCAGGACCAGCUCCACCCGUUUCUUUACCCGUUUUCGAUUCGAAUGAUCUCUCUUCAAUGCCUCAUCCACCAUCGAUUCGACCCAACAAACCGGAGGAUGAAGGGCCAGCUGCUCCACCAGCCAGUCCACAAGAAUUGCUCGUUUCCCCGGCGGAAAUUCUUCAUGAGCAAGCGUUUUCAACGGAAACCGUUCAGCCUGUGACAAGUCAACCAAUUCAUAUAGUCCAUCCUCCAUCAAUUAAGCCACCCCGUGGUUUUAUGAGGCUACAUAACAAUGAUGUUCAAUGUGCCGAAGACGGAGUUGUGAGAGAAGCCGAAGAAACUUGGAUUGCGGACGAGAAAUUCCGAAAGGAGUGUACUUCGCAGGGUGCGAUAAUCGUUUUGGAGUGUUUAAUCGACGAGGACACGACAAUGCCUGUGAACAGCGAUUUGAGAAUCGGUGAUAGAAUUCACCGAUGCUGGCGACAAAAUCAACAAGUCUUUUAUGAACGUGGAGCCCUUUGGGUGGCCAUCACCGCGUCCACCGUCACCCUUGUUGGAUGUCUUGCUUUUGCUGGUUACAUGUUCAAUGACAUCAAUGACUGGAAGGCUACCAGUGAGAGUGAUCUCAGGGAAUUCAAGCUAGCGGCUAACGAGGCUUGGAGUGAGAUGUACGGUGCUGUGCCUGUUGGUGAGGAUGGACACCCCGGACAAAGCGGUCAGCCUGGACAAGCUGGACAUGGCCAACAAAGCACCGGUGGUGGCGGUUGCCAGACUUGCCCCGCUGGACCACCUGGACCCCGUGGACGCCCUGGACCCGCUGGACCUGGAGGCCCUGAUGGACACCCUGGACAACCUGGAAGCCGCUCUUAUGGAGGACCACGGCCUGGACCCCCUGGCCCACCUGGAGAUGCUGGAAGACCUGGACAACCUGGACAUCCUGGAGGACCUGGGCAAGCUGGUCAACCCGGAAAACGAUAUGUCUCGCAGCCUGGACACCCUGGACCCCGUGGACCACCUGGACCAUCUGGAGGACCGGGACAACCUGGACGUGCUCAGCCUGGACAACGUGGACCCCCAGGACCUGCUGGACAAGCUGGACACCCAGGACAACCCGGUGGAGACGGACAGCCAGGAGGCCCCGGCAGCGACGGACAACCCGGCAAGGAUGCCGCCUACUGUCCAUGCCCACCCCGCUCCGGUCAGGUUCAAAGCCCACCACCCACAUCGUCCGGCUACCGUCGAAAUCGUAAAGUCGUCAAGAAGGUGCGCAAAGUGCUCCGUCACCGUGCCCGUGCCCGUUUCCACGCUCAA